AUGCUCCCCAUUAUUUUAUCCAUCAUCACCGUCGCGAUCUCCGUUUGCUAUGCGGAGAACAUGAACAACCGCCAAAGCGCAGACCCAUGUGCCGGUGUCAUAGGACCCGGCCUUCCUACAUCACCUUACAACUUCACCCUCUCCGCGGUGAAUCGAACAUCUCCAGUUGCAAAUUUUACUGGAGAGCCCCUCGUCCUAGCCCCAUUUAUCGCCAAUUCCAAUGAGAGCGUCGUCGAAGCUAGUCCGGCAGUCCUUGCAACGUUCAAAUCGUUCUCUGAUUAUGUGUUCCCCGGGCCUUCUAUGUCUCUCGAAGAUGGUGGACUAUAUCCUAUUUCAAACAAGACUUCCACGACGGCUUCUAGCCAAAACGUUACGGAAGGUGGAGAGCUCAAUUUCAUUGUUACAUUCCCUAUUGGGCCUCCUCUUCAGGCCAGAGAGAUUUAUUGUCUCCAACCAUCCCUAGACUCUUCAGCCAGCGGUAGUGGAGUAGCACCGCCAUACCCACUCUUAGCUGUGUAUGGUGAUGUCGGCAAUUUCUCAUUGUGUACGGCGACGUCGGCCGAGGCGACUAACAACGUUAUCUACAAACCCGUGGCAAAUAGCUCAACUUAUUAUUACGACACAUGUUAUCCAGUUUUCUUGCAGGUCCUCUACAAUACCGGCUGA